AUGCAAUCCAUCACUCCGCUGCCCUCGCGCAGCGUAUCAUUACGAUCUCAUGGAUCCGGACUCCUCGCCCUGCGCUCCACGGCUGUGGGUCUUGCCCGUCUGCUCUCCAUGACCAUGUCGGUGGCGUAUGCUGCCCCCCUACACCAUCUGGGCGAGAAGAAGCCCGAGACCAAGGGCGCCAGUCUCUGGGUGCUCUACCUCAUUUCGGUCGUGCUCGUCCUCGCCGGCGGUGCCUUCGCGGGUCUGACCAUCGCCCUCAUGGGACAGGACGGCAUCUAUCUCCAGGUCAUGGCGCGCGACCCGAACGAACCACAGCAGAAAAACGCAAAGAGAGUGUAUGACUUGUUACAGAAUGGCAAGCACUGGGUUCUGGUGACCCUACUGCUGGCCAACGUCAUUGUGAACGAGACUCUCCCCGUUGUGCUAGACCGCUGCCUCGGUGGCGGCGUGGCUGCUGUCGUGGGGUCGACCUUUCUGAUCGUCAUCUUCGGAGAGGUCCUCCCCCAGUCGAUUUGCGUGCGUUACGGCCUGCCAAUUGGUGGUGCCAUGGCUAAGCCCGUCCUCGGCCUGAUGUACCUGCUUGCUCCAGUCGCCUACCCGACCGCGAAGCUCCUCGACUGGCUGCUCGGCGAAGACCACGGCACCGUGUACAAGAAGAGCGGCUUGAAGACGCUUGUGACGCUACACAAAAGCCUGGGCGAUGUAUCUGAACGGCUCAACCAGGACGAAGUCACUAUCAUCAGCGCUGUGCUCGAUCUGAAGGAAAAGCCCGUUUCGAGUGUCAUGACUCCGAUGGAAGACGUCUUCACUAUGUCUGAGGAUACCGUGUUGGAUGAACAGACCAUGGACAUGAUUCUUUCGGCUGGCUACUCUCGCAUCCCUAUCUACGAGGCUGGACAUCCUACCAACUUUGUCGGUAUGCUUCUGGUCAAGAUUUUGAUUACCUACGACCCAGAGGACUGCAAGCGUGUACGCGACUUCCCGCUGGCCACGUUGCCCGAGACGCGCCCGGAGACGAGCUGUCUCGACAUCAUGAACUUCUUCCAGGAGGGCAAGUCGCACAUGGUCUUGGUGUCAGAAUAUCCAGGUGAAGACCACGGAUGUCUUGGUGUUGUGACCCUCGAGGAUGUAAUCGAGGAGUUGAUUGGAGAGGAAAUUAUUGACGAGUCUGACGUGUACAUUGACGUUCACAAGGCCAUUCGCCGUCUGGCUCCCGCCCCGAAGGCCCGCCUUCCUCGCCGGCCAUCUGUCGAUCAACAACCACGCAGACCACGUAGCGGUACCAUGCCUUGCGAAUGCAGCACCGAUGGCCCCAGCAUUUGUGCACCUCCGCGUAGAUCGCUCGACUCUCCGGCGCUGAGCGGCAGCCCGAAGACGACAAUCAUGAUGCGGCGCAGCUCAGCUGGUCUUGACGGCCAGUGGGUGCAAACUACGGUCCCAGUACGUGCGAAGUUCGAAGACAUCAGGGAGCACCUGAAGCAUCUCGGCCCAUCAAACCCCGCCUCGCACCCCAAGGACACGCGCUCGACGACGGUCAAGGUCAAACCGGGCAUCGGCGGCCCGCCGCCAUCGACUCGUGCCGGCUCCACCAUCGACCGCGCGAUCGAGGAGUCCCCUCACCUCGAAGAUGCUAGCGAAACGACCAGCCUGCUUCGGCCGAAAUCGACCCCCGCUAAGUUCGACGAAGCGAUUAGGCAGCGCUACGGACCAUCUCUUGCCGUGCCGCUGAGUGCAUCACCCGAGCAAAUCGACAAGUCGACUCAAACUACCGGUAACGGCAGCGAAAAUGCCAAUGGGAACAACAACGUAAACAGCAACCUCGAUAAGUUGUCCGCGUCAGUACCCAUAAAGUCACCGCCGCCACCGCCCCUCCGCCGCAUUACCAGCGCGUCCAGCGUCGGCAGUGCUAGCGUUGGCUCGUCCAGUAAGACAGAGCACAUACCGGUGCCGCGCAAGCCGUACGUGCGCAGCGGCAGCAUUACGGAGAAUGUUAUUGAGUCGCGCGGCGUGAGGAAGGUGGUGCUUGAGACGAUGGACACGCACCAUGACGAGGAUCAUGAGGAGGCUGUGGCGUCGACACCAUCCAGCUUCGACGGGAGCAGGUUAUUUGGGCUGUUUAUGGGACGGGAUAAGGAUAAGGAUAAAGAUAAAGAUAAGGACAAGGAUAAGGAUAAGAAGAGUGCUGGGUCACGGGGUAGUUCACGGGUGGGUUCUCCCUCGGGGUCGACCAAGGGGAAAAAUGGGAAAGAGAAGGAAAAGGAGGAUUCUGAACCGGAAGCGUCAGCCGAUGAGGAUGAUGAGGAGGAUGACCCCCUUCUUGAAGGGAGUAGGGGGCUUGCAGCCGAGGCGUCGGGGAGAGAGUCACGCCCUGGGUCAAGGGGAGGGAUGGAAAAGAAGAAGACAAGGAGAAGGAAGAGAAAGGGAGGCGGCUGGUCGUCUACGGUGAUGUGA